GCCUGUGACCCCUACCCAUUGCCCGCUGCCUUCUUUUCACCACGGUUGGUUUCUUUGGACAAACAGCCUUGCGCCAUUUCAUUUCCCACGCGCCAAAGGGUUGCCAUCGUCCAUCCAUCAUUAUUUGCCUUCAAUCGGGACGCUCUGCUCGCCACCACCUCGUGGCCGCCAUCGCUUGCUCCCAUCUCGACGCAUGCCGUAACAUACCCCCUCCCCCAAACCCUCAGCAGCGAUGGGUUCUUGAUAUAGAAAAAGGACACUCCUGCCACUAAGGAGUAGCGACUGAAACACGCAGCGAUUCUGAUCCUCGCCCUCUUUCGUGAAACCCUCCCCCCGAACAAAAAGAAAUCCAAGCAGCCAGCGUCUCAUCCAAUCCCAACCAGCCCACUCGAAGGCUAGCAAUCUCUGACUCCCAGGAGGCAACGCUGUUGUUGAUCAGCCCGCCCUGGUCCACCAAAGGCUCGAGUCAACGACGUAACUUGCCCAGCGAUCCGUGGGACAACUUGCCCAGAUCCACAAAACCACAAGCUCCUCACCACUCAGCCGCGUUGCUCGUAGGAGCAGAUUCCUGUCUGGCUGAGGACUGACCGCAGCUCUGUACCCAGCUCGCCCACGACACUCAAACCCGCCGCUCAGGCCCUUCACGUUUGACUUUUCAGGUUCCGCUCUUGGGCAACAGGGAGCCCAUUCUCCUCCCCAGCAGUUAACUUUGCCCUUUGACGAUCACCUUAUCCACCCUCCAACCAUUCACGACAAUCAUCGUCCUCUCCAGUCUACCUUCCGCUUCGCUCACUUCGCUGACCCUGGUUGCGACCCGGUAACCCUGCCAUCGUCCGUCCCUCUGCGGCAACCCGUGCCCUCCCUCCCUCCCAAGGGCCCAAAUACUUCGUCAACCCACCCGUGCAGCCUCGGGGUGUGUGUCUGCUGCCCCAAACUCGUCUACACAGCCUUCCCCUUCCAGCCAUACCACUGCAUCUCUGGUUCAUACCACCUGGGCGGGUGCUACUGCUUUGGAUGCUCAAAACACCUUAGGACAGGCGCUGGACCUAGGUCAGUGCGCUCGUCUUGAAUUGCACACAAGGCCAAUGCGUCAUUCGGCAACUCCAGAACGUCGGUCAAGCAAGAUUGGGAAAACAAGAAGCGGGACGAGUAGCAACUCGGCAACACAUACUUCAAGACUGGCCGCCGCCAGAUGCAAGGUUCCCCAUCAUCAUCGUCCAAGGCUACGGCACCGUUCCCUUACCCAGUCUCUAUGACUGGGCACGAACCAUCAGAUAUAGCACACCGCCCAUCUGUAUCUCCUCCGAUAUCGAGUGGUUCCUCAUCUUCCUCCGAGUCGGACUUCCCGCAAUCCACCUCACCUCGGCCAGUCUCGCGAAGGACGCGGAUGGAAAGACCUCGACUGGGAGACAGACAGAGAUCCAACACCAUCAUUGUACCAAAAGGUCGAGACGUCGUGCAGCGAGAGAGGCCCCAGUACCCCCCGGACGACGCCAGAGCAAUGAGUCCACGACGCAACAGUGAGGACAUUGAGCGCAUAGAGCGUGGGCUCCGCGAAACUCUGAAAGAGCAAGCGCGAAACCUGCAAUCUUCGCUCGCCGCUCUGGCCGAAAAGAUCGAUGAGGUCAAGAACGACCACGACAAGCUCGAGACUGAGAACCGCUUCCUGCAAGAUUACAUUGGUGGCUUGACGAGAACCAUGUCGAGAGACAAUCUCGGCCGAAGUGCAAGCACCAGCAGCAAGAAGAAGGGCAAACGAUGAACAACGACCGUUACGACACCCAUAUCUGUUUUUUUUUUCCCUUGACCUUGUUGGCCAACGAAGCAUGUCUGAUCUUUUCCAUCGCAAGCAUGGCAAUCGGAUGAAAGAAAAAGAAACGGAAGAAUCACUCGGUCUCAACCUUCUCAGUACAUGCAAGAGAUGCGGAGAGACUUGUGGGUGGACGGGUUCUGGUUUUGUCAGUCACUCCACAUGUCCUUUUAUGAUACCCACGCCCAUUUUACCAAGCUGGUCAAGUUCCAGACGCAAGAAGAGUAGAAUUGAUUAUCGUCACCAUCACCACCAUCAUCAUUAUCAACAGCAGCAGCAGGGGAGCAGGAACAAAUCUCCACAUCCCUCUUGAUCAUUAGCAGCAGGUGCCUUCGCCAUUCUUGUACAACAACUUCUACUGGCUAGGCUCUACGGCGUUCAUUGGCGCAAGGCUUUGGAGUUCACUCGUUUAUCCUACCGAUGCUGGUAGGAAUUGUGCAGGUAAUUGGACCGGAUAAAUCUGGGUGAUUCAGUCACUCAGCAUUGUCAUAGCCUUUUCAGACAGCAAAAAGGUGAAUGGACAGGACGUUGGCGGCAUGAUGCUACAUCUGGUCGAGGCAGAGGUUGCCCUUCAGCCAUGGCGUUGGCAUAUUUCGAGUGCAGAAUGGAUCAAUUGCACUAUCUUCUACUUUUGUCUCUAUCUCGACCAUCUCUGGCUUUGCAUUCAGCGAUUUAGUGACUUGAUUCCUGCUCGUGAUUCUUGAAGCUUCGAACGCCGCAUAUCGCCAUGAUGGAUGCACUCAACGUUAGCAUCUCCAUCUUUCCAACAAGUCUAUAAGGAGUUUGCAUCAGAGGAGGCGCUCGAUCUUUUUCUGUCCCAUUUCAAUUUCCC